GAGAUUCGCCUUGCCGAGCCUGACGGUUGGCGGCGGCGCCCGCCCCGGAAUUCGAUUUGUGGGUUAACCUGGGCCCGGGCAGGUGUGUGGUGCCGAGGUAAGACAUGAUGAGCACAACAGCCGCCCCACGCCUUAUGCUGCAGAGGAGGGCAAAAGGUCCUUGCCUCUGUGACCUGGGGUAGGAGAGGGAGAGAAUUCCUGCCUGCUGCCACAUCAGGUGAUCAGCUGGACCCUGAACAAGACUCACCCUACAGCCAUCUACAACAGAGAAACCUCAGAAAGCAGGCCUCAUUACCUGUUAUCCCUGCUCCAGCUGUAGGUGAUCCCUGAUGCUUCAGAGGAAAGCCAAAAAGCACUCCCCAUCCCCGAUUGCAAUUGUGCCUCCACGCGUUGGGUGCCUCCAUCGUUGUAAGGAUCUGCGUCCAAAUGCCUCCCAAGCCCUGUACAGUUCCUGCGCGCUCUACUCACCAUGCCCGUGGAGGAGUUUGUGGCUGGCUGGAUUUCAGGAGCUGUGGGGCUGGCCUUGGGGCACCCAGUGGACACAGUGAAGGUGCGGCUGCAGACACAGUCUGGCUAUCGGGGGAUCCUGGAUUGCGUAAUCAAAACGUACCGCAAUGAAACGGUCCUAGGCUUCUUUAAGGGGAUGAGUUUCCCGCUGCUGAGCGUGGCCCUGGUUAACUCAGUGAUGUUUGGGGCCUACAGCAAUGCACUGCUGUACCUGAGCGCCACCCAUCACCAUGACCGCCACACCAACCCUCCCCACUACGCCCACGUCCUCAUCGCUGGCAGCUUCUCCGGCCUGAUGCAGGCUGUGGUCCUGGCUCCUGUUGACCUGAUCAAAGUUCGGCUACAGAACCAGCUUCACCCCUAUGGGCUGAGGAGUCUAGCGGGGGCCUCUGGAGCCCAGUACCGGGGCCCAGUGCACUGCAGUGUCAGCAUAUUCCGCGAGGAGGGGGUCAUGGGCCUGUUCCGGGGCACCCGGGCCCUGGUGCUGCGAGAUACACCCACUCUGGCCAUCUACUUCCUCACCUACACCAGCCUCUGCCAGGCCAUGACAGCGCAGGAGCGAGAACCAGGGCCAGUGACAGUUCUUGUAGCUGGGGGCUGUGCUGGCACUGCCUCCUGGGUCUUAGCCACGCCCCUGGACGUGAUCAAGGCCCGGCUCCAGAUGGAUGGGGUGAAGGGAGUGUCCUACUGCGGGGUCUGGGAUUGCAUCCGCAUCAGUGUUCGGCGUGAGGGACCCCAGGUGUUCCUAAAGGGCCUUACCCUGAACAUUAUCCGUGCCUUCCCUGUCAACGCGGUGACCUUCCUGAGCUACGAGAACAUCCUGAAACUCAUCUGCUGAGCCCCACCCUGCUCCCUGCAGCAUCAUGCACUGGGGGGCCAGCACUGACUGCCAGGGGAGAGUGCGCCUAACUGAGCCUCCUGCCCAGCUCUCUGUAACAGAGCACCCCCUAGCAUUGUGCUGGGGGGAGGGAUAGCUCAGUGGUUUAGCAUUGGCCUGCUAAACCCAGGGUUGUGAGUUCAAUCCUUGAG